CCUUCACCACUAGUCUUAUCGUCGCCAUCUUGGCUACGUAUCAAAAGGAGGGGACUAAAGUGGUUGAAAUGUGCAAAUAGAAAGGAGACAGAUCCGAUUACGUAGCUGAUGCUGACUCAUGAAACCCGGCCCCAAAAUGUCUCCCCAAGACUUAAAAAAGGCGACGUGUAGGAAAACUAGUCACGGAAGUUGUGAGGUAAAUGAAACGUGACUCUCGGACGGAAAGGUGGUGCAGCAGCAGCAGAAAAGCAGGGAAUUCAUUUUGGUCACAGUUGAUCCAUCAUGGAGUCUGCUGGUGUAAUAUUAACUUCUCUCUUACACUUUUCCAACUUCCAAGUCAUGAAAGUGCACUUUGAUUGUAAGUCACACCAGGGUGUUUUGUACAGAGUGUUUUUUAUGGCUGAUCAGCAGCCAUACAAAAGCAGUAUGUUAUGCAAAGAAAUGAAAAAUUGGUUGAUGAAAUAGCAACUAAGUGACAAAUGUGCUAACAAUAACGUGUAAAACACCGGGGGCAAAAAUUCUGGAAACAUUUCUUGUAUUAUAUAAUCUAAUUUCCUCACACAAAUGUAAAGCCACGGACCACACUAUUUGAUUUAAAGUUUUCUCGUUUUAUCUUAAAGUUACAGCAUCAUUUGCGUAUAACUACAGGAUUUUUUCUUAAACUUUCAACUCAUGCUUAUCCAGCAGCUUUCAGGUCAUUAUACAGUAAAAACAGCUCAACUUAACACUGAAAAGGUAUAUCUGAGAAAUAUAUAAACAUGUACCAAUACAAGUUUAAAAGGAGUUCUUGAUCAAGGUAUGCAUUGGGGCACUGCAAUUACAUCAGUCUCCCUCUAGCGGACAGAGGCAAUAUUGCAACAUCAUCCAUUUAUUUUUUUUCUCCAAUUUUUUAACUUGUAUUGGUACGUUUGUAUAUUUACUAGGUGAACCUUUGAGUGUUGAGUUGCUGUGUGAUGAGUUUAGUGUUUUAAAGAAGACAUUGUGAGUGUUGAGUAAUUGAGUUUUUUUCUUAGCUUCCAAUAUGCCAUUUUAUGAAGGGGGGCAUGUGCCGUUUAUACACCAGUGUAGCUAACAUAUGUAAAAAAAAAAAAAACAUGUCCUCAGUAUUUAGUGGGUGUGGCUUAUACAGCAGAAUCUAUAUUACCCCAUGAACGUGACUGUAGCUUCACUGUGGGACGAUAAACGAGUACCGAACUGACUAUAAAAAGUCACAUUUGGAGUAUGAAGACCAGAAGCUAGGCGGAUAACACUAGCUAACUGUCUAGCCGCCAUCAAUGUCGGGUACAGACAGUGACAAGUAGGCAAAACGUGUAAAAUGUCAAUCGGUUAAUGCUGAUCGGUGGCCGAUCCAUCGUUUUAUUAAACAUACAGUGCCCCACUGUGAUCCGAUAUUAUUGACAUAAGCAGGCUGCGUCCGCUAAUAAAACAAAACAUACCAACAUCAAUUGUGUUUUAUUAUUUUCUUGAAAAACACCACAUGAAAUAAAAGAAUAGCUUCAGAGAGGAUUUGAUUCACAUGUACAAAAAAAUAUGAGGAAAAAAAAUUACAAUGGAAAAAUGUGUUCAUUGCCUACAAAAUAAAUAUUCUUUAAACAAACACUAUAACAUGUCACAGGCUGGUGUGUAGUAACAUGCAGGUUGGGGAAUGUUUUGACGUUUAGAGCAGUACACACAUCACAGGCUAAAAUGUGACAGCUGUAAAAAACAAAAAAAAGGCAUAUAAAGUCUCUCGGUUGUCAUUUGGAGUACAGGUCUCGGACUCGUCUUAAGUAGAAUAGUCCUGCGUAAAGAGAAAACAGAAUUAAGUAAACGCCAACAGUAUAGGAAUAAAGAAAGUGGACUUACAGCUCUUGGUUUCUUGUUCACCUUCAUGUCGAACCUGGAACAGAAUUCCAUUUUUAGAUAUGAUGGGACCAUAUCAGGCGGGUUGUGAGAGCAAUGACAAAAAGCGGUGCCCCUACUGUACCAUGAGGGAGCCUAAAAAUCAAACCGUAGGCGAUGUUGGUGUUUAACACACAAUUUUGCAGCAAGCCCAUCAUACAAGAACAGCACUGCUUUUUUAUUAUUAAUUUUUUUUUUAUAACAAGCGCACUCAGCAUGAAUCAGAGCUCAGAAAAGACGUGACGUCUGCCCAGUGACGAGCACUAAAAAGUGAUGGGAUGCUCAAGAGGCAUUCAAAGAACAUGCAGCAUGCAACUCGAGAGAGAGAGAGAGAGAGAGAGAGAAGACUUCAGGAUGCGGUUAUGAGCAGACAGGAUGUACAGGCCACAGGAGCGGGAAGUAAAAUUCAGAACUUACUCAAAGUCAUAAUCAAACAUGGCAGAAGGGCUGGGAGGUAGGUUUCAGCAUUAAAAAGAGAAGGGGGAGGGGAGGGGGGAAGGAAAAGAUCAGCAGUUGUUAGUUCAGUCUGAACCCCCCCCCCCCACAUCUAAACAACAGAGUGAGAGACACCAGGGUCGCCCCGGUGUGGUAGCAGGGCCUGCUGGGAGGAAAAAGUACCUGAGGAAUUUCGUACAUUUCUGCAUGAAUUGGUCAUAAAAUGCUGUCUGACCAUCUAAAUCGGGGGUCUCAAACACACGGCCCGCAGGACACUAGUUUGAGGCCCCCCGCCUUGAUAUGAAAGUUUAAUGUUAGUGCGGCCCGCGCAAGUUUGAUAUGGAUGCUGUAUGGUAUCAUGUACCCAGAAAAAAUUAUUACGUUUGAUUAAUGUUCAUGUUAAAGGUUAAAUAACUGUUAAUAGUUAUCCUCCCUAUCCGUGUGGAAGUGGUAUGUUUUUGGCUUUUUAAGUUUAAAGGAAAUAACUUGAACCGUUUAGGUCGCUAGCUCUCUAGUUUGCGAGUUAGCAUGUGUCUCAAGACCCUGCAGUUGCGCAAUAUGUUGUAAAUAGAGUAUAAAUGUGACUAUAGUCGUGUUUUGUCAUGUCUACAGGGCUCUAAUAAUGUUUUGUUCAUUUUAAUCUGAAAAAAUAAUUUGUCUACCCACCAACUAUGUGGUUUCUUAAGUUUUUAUUAUUUGCCGUUUUUUUAUUAUUAUUAUUUAUUUAUUACUGAUUGAUUUACUUUAUUCUUGAUUUGUUUAUUUAUUUUAGUUCUUAUUUCGUGUAGAAAAAUAAAAAUUAAGAUAUUUGAGAACAGUGGAAUGUUUUAUCAGAGCUUUUAUUGUAGAAAAUCGGAACCAAAGCAAAGUUUAUUCAUUUUUCUGUUUUUAAUAAAUGGGGUUUUUUUGGGUUUUUUUUGGAAAACCUGAUGCGGCCCAGCCUCACCCAGACCCUAGCUCUAGUGGCCCCCAGGUAAAUUGAGUUUGAGACCCCUGAUCUAAAUCAUAGGAAUAAACAGUCUAACACGACGCUAAUAAUUACUGUAUUUUCUGUUCUAUAAGUUCCAUUUUUUUAAAUGGUUAGACUGGUCCUGCGACUUGUACUCUGGAACCAUUUAUGUUUUUUUCCACGGCACAGUCAUUGCCAUCCAUCCCCAAAUGUUCUAUAAGGGAUUUAAAUCAGGGGAACAUGCGGGACGGUCCAAAAGAGUCAAGUCGUUCUCCUUGAAGAAGUUGCUUGGUCAAGCGAGCAUUGUGAACUGCAGCGUUGUCCUGUUUGGAAAAACCCAGACGAGGGCCCUCAGUCAUGAGGGAUGUCGGCUGCAACAUCUGCACAUAACUGAUAAGUUCCCGCUGUUUGACGACCCUGCACCACCUGAAGCUCGAGUGUUCCACUCAAUGUCAUGAUAGACCCUAAUUUCUGUAAUGACGAAUCAUUAGCCACGUUUACAUGGACCCAAAUAUUCCAAUUCCAUUCAGGUUAUUUGCUCAAACGGAAAGAAUCUAACCUUUGUUUUCACCCCAUUCCGAAAGAAAAGUGCCAAUCCGAAUGAAUAUAUAAUCGGAUUCACAGGGGUGAUAUUAACAUGUAAACGUGGCUAUUGAGGGGGUGAUGGUGGGUACCUGUGCCUGUUUUUGUUCUUCCUUUUCUUGUGGCUUCCGUGAUGGCUGCCCGAGGAGGAAGACGAGGCAGCCUUUUGGGGCUUCAAGUCCUGCAGGGUGGAGUCCACAUCCUCCGUGUCCUCCUGGCUGGGUUCGUUCUCUUGGUUCUGGAGAUCCGGGGAGGCGUCGCUUUCCGUGCCGCUGCCCGCCUCACCUGACAGGUUCGGCAAGCUCCCGGCGGGUGUCCGGGAUCUGCGGUGGAGUAGCUUUCGUGUGCAUCGCCAUGAUGGAUAGCAAUGUGGAGAAACAAAACCGUGGCGGGACAGCUCUGCAGCGACGCCUAAAUUAUCCUUUCAGCCAGCAGAUGGCGCUAGAGAUGACAAACCACAGCUGCUGGAAAUCAUCUGAUGGAUCAAACCAUUCGUAGACUUUCGCAAAGAAAGCAAGUACGUCCUUCAGUGGAAGACUCGGGCGAAAUUAAAAAGAUAGCAAGGGCGUGUUUGGCUGAUCUGCACCGGGGAGUUUCAGCUCCUGUACUUGGGACACUUUUGAGGAAUGACAGCAACCGGAAAAUCCCUGCAAUCCGCCUGAAUGGAAACAAUGGAUUAUAAGGAGCUUGGACAUCAUUUUGAGGAGAAACUAACACUGACAGACAAAUCUCUACCCUUGCAAGGGGAGUGUCAGACCAUCCACAAUGGAGGCACAAAGUCUUUGAGCAGCGUGUUCCUGACGCCGGAUGAUUCGGCCAUCACAGACCUCUCUCCCAAGAGUGAGUCCUGCACCAAAACAGAAACCCCCACUGAGACGGAUGCCUCCUGCAAGACGGAACCCAGCCAGUCGGUGCCUGGUACCAGCAGCACCCCUCAACCCAAGAAAGAUUCAGUGAGCUCAGAGCAGCGACAGAAGCUGGCCAAGCAGAGGAGAGAAGAAAGAGCCAGAUAUAUUGAACAGCAAACUCAGCUGCAAGCGGCAAAGAAGGCCCAGUGGUUGGAGAAGGAGGAAAAGGCCCGACGUCUUAGAGAGAGCCAGCUGGAGGACCGCAGGAAGAAGCUGGAGGAGCAGAGACUGAAGGCCGAGAAACGCAGAGCCCUGCUGGAGGAAAAACAGAAGCUGAAACUCGAGAAGAACAAGGAGCGAUACGAGGCCGCAAUCAAGAGGUCCACGAAGAAGACAUGGGCCGAGAUCCGUCAGCAGAGGUGGUCCUGGGCCGGCGGUCUCAACCAGACCUCCCGCAGGGAAAGCAGAUGCUCGGCCUCCACGGUCAACUUGCCCAGACAGGUGGACCCUGUCAUUAACAACAGGCUGUCCAAGUCCUCUGCCACGCUCUGGAACUCCCCCAACAGAACCCGCAGCCUGCGUCUAAGUCCUUGGGAGAGUCGGAUCGUGGAGAGGCUCAUGACGCCCACGUUGUCUUUCCUGGCUCGCAGUCGCAGCGCCGCCACCCUCCUCAACAACAGCGACUCCUACUCUCACCACUGCUCCCGUUCAGCUUCAGCCAGCCCGCUCAACGCCUGCUCCCACCACCCGCACCAGAACUCCGCUGAGCGCUGGAGGCUCUCGUCUGCCAGCACGCCCGACAUCACCCAACGCCAACGCCAGCGGAACUCCACACCGGUUGGCAGAAAGAAGAAAGAAAAGAAAGACAAGGAGCGAGAGAAUGAGCAAGAGAAGAACGCCCUCACAAAAGAGAAGGUGAGGAAGAAAAGACAGACCGCAUCACCGACCACCACCACCACGAGGAGAUCCCAGCCAGAGUCCAGCACCACCAAGCCCAGAACGAGGCCUCCAUCGCCGGCGGCUCCCAAAAGUCGUCCCUUAUCUCCUCUGGUACCCGCAGCCAAGACGCCCACAGGCAAGAAGACACCCCCUCCAGGCUCCAAGACCCGACCCAAACGGGCCCAGACACCCGCCAGGGUCCAACCGCAGACGGUCACGGCGGUCGCCGUGGAAACAGGCCAAGAACCCAAGGAACCUGACACUUCUGAGGAGAAAAAGACCUCCAGUAAUGUGGUGGCCGCUGCCCCAUCGUCAUCCCCUGCCCCCAGCCCGCCACUUGUAGAAGCAACCCCUCGUUCCGUGCCAAAAGAAGAAUCAGCUCCCUCUCCCGCGGUGAACUCCACAAGUAAUCCCGGCAGGCCAUCGGCCGGCACCAACGACCCAGAGGAGGCCGCUCGCGUCCUCGCCGAGAAGCGCAGACAAGCACGGGAGCAGCGAGAGAGGGAGGAGCAGGAGCGCCAAGAGCAAGAGCACAAAAACAGGAUCCUCAGGGAGGAGGCGAUGGCGCGCGAAGCGGAGGAAAGGAAGCACAGAGAGGAGGAGGCUCGAUUCAUGGCCGAGCAGCAGCGUCUGCGGGACGAGGCCCAGCGAGCUGAAGACGAGAAGGAGGCCAAGGAGCGAGCCAAAGCAGAGCAGGAGGAGAACGACAGGCUGCAAAAACAGAGGGAGGAGGCAGAAGCCAAAGCGCGUGAAGAGGCGGAGCAACAGCGCAUGGAGAGGGAGAAACACUUCCAAAAAGAAGAGCAGGAACGCCUGGAGAGAAAGAAGCGUCUUGAGGAAAUCAUGAAGAGGACUCGAAAGAGCGACGCGGGAGAAAAGAAGGAAGUGAAGGCCUCACAGCAGGUUAAUGGAAAAGAUACGGAGCUGAGUAAAGGUGAAAACCUGCUGAGUCCCGUGGCGUCCGGCGCAUCCGGUCCUGUCUUAAACGGAGUCCAGUCGGACGAUCACCAGAAUGGCGUGUCUGCCAACGGAGAGUUUGAGCAGAUCAUGCAGCUGAACAGCGGCCCGAACCCUUCUGCAUCACAGAGUGGGCUGGUCACUGGAGGAGAACCCUUCCUCAUGAAAUCAGGACCCAUGAAACCUCAGCAUGUGGCAGAGGUCCUGUGAGUCGCCUUCACGCCAUCCAUGGACGCCUUAUGUCUCCGCUUGAUCAUCCACCAACACACACACACACACGGCGGCUUACAAAGUAGUGUGCCAAACAAACAACACACCUGUGCUGAUUCCAUGACAACAUGCAAAGGAUUGGGGGGACGACGGCAGGACAAGGAGGACAUAAGUACUACAAAAUACAUUCAGUAUUCUCAUGUCUUCAUGUGUUUUUGGUGCAAGUUUUAUUGAAAUGUCACAUGCAGAUUCUACGGUGCACCUUAAAGAUGACUGAAUUUUUAGAAAAUACAGUAUAAGCCCCCCCCCCCGAACCCACCCCAAAAAAAAAAUCCUGUUUGACAGUGGUUGUUAUUAUUAUUAUUAUUACUGUCGUUUCUGAUAUUGUUAAGUUGAACAAUGUGUGUUUGUCGUUUUUGUCUUGGAAUAUUGCGUUAUUUAACACGAGGAGCGUUGUAAGUAAGGACUGACUACACAGACAAGUGUAUGUAAAUGUAUAAUGAGCCUGGCUGCCUAUAGGCCUCCUGUCUUGUUUGCAGGGGAUCUGUGAAAUAAAGCUUUAUGAAAGGGAAGGAACGUGUCUACUAUUUACUAUAAAUC